CUUAGUGAAUGAUAUUAGUAGAGAAUCAUAUCCCCAACACCGUUAUCUCUCCGUCAUCUCAUCGUUUGUUUUUAUUACAAACAAACCCCCUCGGGAUCACGUAGGUCCCACUAUUUUUCCUCUUAACUAAAAGGGUAAUACCGUCAUUUACCACACCUCUCGCCGUCACUAACACGGAGAGAGAAAGAAUCAGACAGCUCAUCCCAAGCACACACACUCAUAUCAGAAAAUACACAGACACAACACAACACUGAGAGAGAGCUUUUCUUUUAAAUUCCUUCAAUUUUUUUUUGUUGUUGUAAAGAAUAAUAAUUUAUUCGAUUGAAUUUGUUUAUUCGUGUCUUUGUUUUUACUCAAUCCCCUGUUUCCGGUUCUGUUCGAUUCUUCUCUGUCUCUGUUUUGUUUUUCGUCAUUUUGCCUAAAGCCACAUGCAACAGUGAUUAACUGAAUUUUUAUUAUCCAUAUCCAUUUUGAUUCGCCGGAAAGUUUAUUCUUUUCCGGCGACAAAUGCGAAAGAUUCGAAAACCCAUUUUAACCAAAUCAAUUCUAUGACGAUGUCUAUAUUCAAUCCUGAUUCAAUCAACAACGAGCUAUCGAAACCAACAUCGAUCUUUGGUCUAAAGCUUUGGGUCGUCAUCGGAAUUUUACUAGGAUCUCUUAUAGUCAUCGCUCUCUUCUUUCUCUCCCUCUGUUUAACCUCUCGCCGGAGAAACCGUAAGCCACGUCACGCCGAUUUCGCAUCCGCAGCCGUAGCAACGCCGCCGAUUUCAAAGGAGAUUCAGGAGAUCGUUAGACCUCCUGCGCAAGACCAUUGCCAUCCGACGCAGCCCGUUGCGGCGGAGAUUCAAGUGGAUAUAGGGAAGACCGAGCACCGUGUUGUGUUCUCGGAUCGAGUCUCGAGUGGUGAAAGCAGAGGAACGGUUAGUGAAACGGCGUCGUAUUCAGGGAGUGGUUGUGUUGGACCUGAGGUUUCGCAUCUUGGUUGGGGAAGAUGGUAUACUCUUAGAGAGCUUGAAGCAGCUACUAAUGGAUUGUGUGAAGAGAAUGUGAUCGGAGAAGGAGGUUAUGGGAUUGUUUAUAGUGGGAUUUUAACUGAUGGAACUAAAGUCGCUGUCAAGAAUCUGCUUAACAACAGGGGUCAAGCUGAGAAGGAGUUUAGAGUGGAAGUGGAAGCUAUCGGGCGUGUAAGGCAUAAGAAUCUCGUUAGGCUAUUAGGAUACUGCGUCGAAGGAGCAUACAGGAUGCUCGUGUAUGACUACGUCGAUAAUGGCAACUUGGAGCAAUGGAUUCAUGGGGAUGUUGGUGAUAAAAGUCCGUUGACUUGGGAUAUUCGUAUGAACAUAAUACUUUGCAUGGCGAAAGGAUUGGCCUAUCUGCAUGAGGGUCUUGAACCGAAAGUCGUUCAUCGGGACAUAAAAUCUAGUAAUAUUUUGCUUGAUCGUCAAUGGAAUGCUAAGGUAUCAGAUUUUGGACUUGCUAAGCUCUUGUUCUCCGAGAGCAGCUACGUGACAACCCGAGUAAUGGGAACUUUUGGAUAUGUUGCGCCUGAGUAUGCUUGCACCGGAAUGUUGACAGAAAAGAGUGAUAUCUAUAGUUUUGGGAUAUUAAUCAUGGAGAUAAUCACCGGAAGAAAUCCUGUCGAUUAUAGUCGACCUCAAGGAGAGGUGAAUUUGGUUGAGUGGCUGAAAACAAUGGUUGGAAACCGAAGGUCUGAGGAAGUAGUCGAUCCAAAAAUACCCGAACCGCCCACUUCAAAAGCUCUUAAACGCGUGUUGCUCGUCGCGCUGCGUUGUGUGGAUCCGGACGCGAAUAAGAGACCUAAAAUGGGUCAUAUUAUACACAUGCUUGAAGCUGAAGACUUGUUCUAUCGUGACGAACGACGAGCCACGAGGGAGCAUGCAAGCCGCGAUUUUAACCAGCCACGGACUGAAAUUUCACCGGCUGUGGCUGAGACGAGCGAAAGUGACAGUUCAAAAGACCGAAGAUAAAGGAUGUAUGAAGAGACGACUCACUGAUUAUGUUCCGACCAUUAGUUUUUUCAAUUUUUUUCUUGUUUAGAUCGAUUUUUAAAAUUAUUAUAUGUGACAUGAUUAUUAUUUUAUAACUUUUUUGUUAGGCUUAUCCCUCUCGUGUAGUUAAUAAUUUCCUCUAUGUAUAUACAUUCGGUUAAACGCACUGACCCAAAGAAAAACGCAAUGAAAGAAAGAAACAAAGCUAGCUUUAAUAAUGUUGUUAAAG